GGAAACUUGAGACAACAAGGCAGCAAGCGAGCGAACAUCAACGGCCAGUGCGAUGGUGCGGUUGUUUAGAUAGUGUAGCGCGCUACUAGCUGCCUCUUGAGGAUAAUUUCAGCAUGACUGGCACGAAACUGUGACGAUUUCAUGAAUCUAACGCUGACGGUUGCGGCUACGUUGUGCCAUACAGGGACCGCAUUGUCAAGGAACCGAGCGACAGGACAGCCAAAGAUGAGUUGUCGCAAUUGGGAGAGCGGUGUUGUAGUGCGAAUUAGCAACCCCAAAAACAGCAGCACCGUCUCUGCCAGCUUCAGCACCAGCGCCAGCGCCGCCGGUGCCAGUUCCAGCACCAAGGUCAAGGCGGCAGAGGGUCAGGCACGGUCAUCGGUGCGGGCGGGGAAGAUAUCGGCGGAGCCGGACAAGGGAUGUGAUACGAGCCAACACAAUCAUCACCACUCCCAGAUGCAGAAGCAGGAUCAGAAACAGAAACAGAAACAGGAGGAAGGGCUCACGGGCACAGAUGCACACACAGAUUCAGACAUGAUGAGCGGCGCUGUCUUCAAGGGCACAGUCCCAAUACCAAUGCGACGACCAGGUCGACGCUAUCGUGAGGGUGAAGAGCCCUGGUUUUACAGUGUGCAGGGCUGAGCGACCAGGGCGCGUUUGUUAGCCAUUUCUGGAGCACUAAGCGAUCAAAGAUGAAGAAGAAGUGUAGAAGAUGCACUGAACAGGUCAUAGAUGUUGGGGACGGCAGUUGUGAAUAACCCUGUCAUCUCAGUUUGAUAUUACGGUAUUGUAAGAUGGAUUGGAUGGGC